CUUUUUUCCUCCCCCUCACCUUAUCACUCUCAUUCCACUCAUUUGAAAGACUAUCUUUAUACACACACAAAAAAAGAGCAAGAAAUCGCCAUGUCUCUUCGAAGGACUGCAAAACUCAAUACCGGUGCCACCAUUCCAUUGCUUGGUUUUGGAACCGCGGAGCUCAAGGGUCAGGAGGCAGUAAACGCCGUUAAGAAGGCACUUGAGACUGGAUACCGCCACAUUGACACUGCUUGGUUCUACGGCAACGAGAAAGAGGUUGGGGAGGCCAUUAGACAAUCGAAUGUUCCCCGUGAAGAAAUCCAUGUAACCACAAAGUUAUGGAAUAACUCACAUCGUCCUGAGGAUGUUUUGCCUGCCUUCGAGACCUCCCUCAAAAACCUUGGCUUGGAUUACGUUGACUUGUACUUGAUGCAUUGGCCUAUUGCUUUCAAGCCUGGUCCUGAUCCCAAGCCAAAGGAUGAGAAUGGCAAGGCUUUGAUUGUGGAUAUCGACAUCGUAGACACAUACAAGGCUAUGGAGGAGUUGAUGUCGACUGGCAAGGUGAAAGCCCUUGGUGUCUCAAACUUUUCCAUUAACAGCCUUGAGAAAUUGUUAAAAUCCGCCAAAAUCGUCCCUGCAGUCAAUCAGGUCGAACUUCAUCCUGAGAAUCCACAAUGGGAUCUCUUGGAAUAUUGUCAAGGCAAAGGGAUCCACCUGACAGGCUAUGCACCCCUUGGAUACGCUGAAUCUCCUUUGAUGAAAGGAGGAGAGAUUUCUGACAUUGCAAAGAAGCAUAAUUCAUCCAAUGCCAAUGUCCUUCUCGCUUGGGCACAGCAGCGUGGCACUAGUGUCGUUCCCAAGGCUGGAAGUGAAGAACAUAUAAAGUCGAAUUUCCAGGAUAUUGAGCUGGAUGAAGAGGAUCUCAAGGUCCUCAGAAAGAUUGCCCAAGACGAUGUUGUUAAACGUUACAGGAGUUCCGAGGCAUUGUAUGGAACUGACGUCUUUGGCGAUCAAACAAAUUAAAAAAGACUUGAGGGCUUUGAGUCUGUGUAACGUGACAUUCAUGUUAUUAAAAAUUAAAAAAUAAAAAAGAUUUGUAAAUAACCAAUACACAAAUAAACAAAC